GCGGGGUUCUUCUUUCCGGCCAUUGUCGAUGCAGAGCAAUGGGAGAACGCCGCCAUUGUUCUCCCCUGAGAGUGGCCGUGGGAUGCCACCACCUGUUGUUUAUUCCCGGAAACAGGGGGCUAGCGCCGAUGGUGGGCCUUCUGCCAUAUUGAGAGACGGCGGCGGCAACCACCAUGCCAGCAGCACUGACGGUGGCCACGGCCAACCAGUGAGCGAGAGGCUGCUUCAGAUCGUUCCUGCUAACACCAGAGCUGGGAAGGGCAAGAACGUGCCACCGGCCGGUGGCACUGCCGUGCCGGCAAACGGCCGCGUACGGAAGACACGCGCGCCCAAGGGGAGCAGCACUCUAGCAGAAUCCAGGAAGGUGCCCGGCAAGAAAUCUGACGCCGGCGAACCGGCGGGCAUGCACCAUGGCACCCAAGACAACGACCAGCUGAAGACUGUCUCGGCUCCAAGCAACAGCAGGAAUAGGAAGAGCACGGCCUCUGCCUCAGCCGUGUCAUCGAGCCGGAGGCCUCGCAGGAAUAACAGUAGCACGUCCGGCACGGCGGCGGCCGGAGCCAAGAAGCACACCAUCCUGACAUGGCUGAUCGACUGCGGUGUGCUCAAAGAGAACGAGAAGGUCUCGUACGCGGACAGCACCAGCUUCGCCACGAAGGCCUCUGGCGCGGUGACUAGGGCCGGCAUCCAGUGCACCUGCUGCGACGCCACGAUGGCGCCCCCGGCCUUCUCGUCUCACGCCGGCUCCGAGGACUCGGCACCGUGGGAGAGGCUCCUGCUAAAGUCCGGCAAGUCGUUGCUGGAGUGCGUGCGGGAGGCAUGGGAGGGGGAGCACCUGAGGAUCUUACACGCCAAGCAGAAGGCACAGGCUGCGGUGGAGAAGGAACGGGAGAGGAGCACACAGGAGAAGAAGCGUGCUCUGCUGCUCGCCAAGCAGAGCAGGAAGGAACCAGCCCUCGCCCUCGACCUCGACGGGACCAACUAUGGCGGGGACGACGACCGGAGCGACGACGCGUGCGGCGUGUGCGCAGACGGCGGACAGCUGCUGUGCUGCGACAACUGCCCGUCCACCUUCCACCCGGAGUGCCUCGCCGUGGAGGUCCCUGAGGACUCCUGGGUCUGCCACUACUGCCGCUGCUUCCUGUGCUCCGCCGACGAUGACGGCCAUGGCGGCCUCUCCAUCUGCCACCAGUGCACCCGCAAGUAUCACCACCACUGCCGCGCGCCCCUGUUGGCCGGGCACGAGAUCGGGCCCUACUGCAGCAAAGCCUGCAACAAGAUAGCGGUGAAUCUGUCAAACAUGGUGGGAGCCAUGGUCAGCAUCGGCGAGGAAGGCCACUCAUGGUCCCUGUUAAAGUUCCAAGAGGGCUCCGUGACGUCAGACCCCGCCGCCCUGCUGGAGUGCAACGCGAAGCUGGCAGUGGCGUUGGGCGUGCUGAAUGAGUGCUUCAACCCCGUGAAGGACAGGCUGACCGGCAUUGACAUGCUUCACCAGGCCGUCUACAGCGUCGAAUCGGACUUCAAGCGGCUGAGCUAUCAACGGUUUUACACCAUAGUUCUGGAGAAGGACACGGAGAUCAUAUCUGUAGCCUUGCUCAGGUUCCAUGGGGCCAAGCUGGCGGAGAUGCCGUUCGCGUGCACACUGCCGCAGUACCAUAGACAAGGGAUGAUGCGCCUCCUCGUCAAUGCCAUCGACAAGGUGCUACAAUCGGUGCAGGUGGAGAAUUUGGUGAUCUCGGCGGUGGAUGAGGUAGUGGACACAUGGAAGAAGCUUGGCUUCGAGGACGUGGAGCCACAGCUGAGAGAUGAGGCCAAGAGGCUCAGCAUGGUCACCAUUGCCGGCACCAUCCUACUCCAGAAGCCCACGGCCAAGCAGGACAUGUUGCUGAUAACCGAGGACGAGCGGGCGUUCCUGGAGAUGAGCUGGCUGCGCUGCAGCUUUGUCGACCUCUUGACCGGGACCGCGUUCCCAUGGUCGCCAUAUGCUGACCCCGUGGCCGUUGCCGUGAGGGGGGCGGGCGGCGGCGGUGGCGAGGCGUAGCUACGCCGCGGCCUCAUGCAGCGACAACCUCCACCUCCGCGUGAACAAGUGAUCAUGACUCCAUUUUCUGAAGAAUUUGUUGUGUUUCUUUAUUUGACAAUUGAAGUUAGUUUACAUACCGUUUGUUUUAAAAAGUCGGAAGA